CGAGAUGGAAGGACACAUUCCCGUUGUAGACUUCGGCCCUUACGACCUUUCCAAACACAACGUGAACGAGGCUGACCUUCAACCUUUGGCCGAUGACCUGGUCCACACGUUUGCUACUGUCGGUUUCGUGUACCUGACCAACACGGGGAUACAGAAAUCUGAGGCGGAGGAACUGUUCGGAGUGGCGGAUAGGUUCUUUGACUUGCCGCUGGAGGUGAAGGAGAAAUACGCCCGGCCACAGGACAAAACCCGCAACCGCCACGGAUGGGUGUGUGUGGCCAGGGAGAGAAGCAACUUGGAAACACUUGGAAAUCUCAAGGAGGCUUUCGAUAUCAACAUGCCUCUUUCCGAGGGACAGACGUGGCCGACAGAAGUUCCAGACUUUGAGGACAAGGUUGUAACGUUCUACGAGAGAUGUCGGCGUCUGGACAUGAGGAUACUGGAGCUCAUCGGCAGAGGCCUGCACAUUCCGGAUGUUCCAGGUUUCCUGAGUAUGUUCCAGUACAUGGGGAGGGGGGCGAACAGCACUACUCUAAGCGCGCUCCGCUACCCACCUGUUCCGGAUGACGUCAGCGAGAAACAAAUGAGAUGCGGAGAACACACAGACUGGGGUGCCAUCACACUUCUGUUCCAAGAUGGCGUCCCUGGCUUGGAGGUGAUGAACAAGGAAGGUGACUAUAAGCCUGCCCCGUACGUUCCCGGCAGUGUCCUGGUGAACAUAGGAGACAUGUUACAGCGCUGGUCAGGCGACAAGCUCGUGUCCACGAAACACCGUGUGGUGAUGCCGGAGUCGGCAGCAGACCGGAGGUCGUUCCGCAGGUCCAUCGCGUUCUUCACGCACCCUGACGAGGACACCAAACUGGUCUGUCUGGACGGGUCCAACAAGUACGACCCCAUCACGGCUAAACAACACGUGGAGCAGAAGCUCAAGUGGUCUUACCUUGAUAGCUGAAGGCUCUCGAUUUUUUUAGCAAGAGAAGUAACCUUAGAAGACAGACAGACGAAAACUCUACAAAACUUGCAAACAAACUGCAGGAGGGGGG